AUGUGGUUAGGUGACGUACCUUCUGAAUUACAAGGAUUGACAAUUCCAGAAGAAGAAUUGAUAUCACUCCAUCGUCACAACAGCUGUAUAAUAAAACUUCAUUCGCCUUUCCAUUCAACUACAACUGUCCAGACAGCAUUGAAAGGCAACUGUGUUACUUUUCUUCAAAAUGUACCAAAUAUUGUUAAUAGUUUACCACUUACACUUAACGAGCUGUGUGAUACACUUAAAGUAAUUUUCGUCGGAGCUCAUCCUCCUGAACGCAUUCAACUUAAAAAAGUGCUUACAGUACGCAGAAAGAAAAUUAUCGAAGCAUUACAUUGGCUGAAGAAACACAACGUACUUUAUCAAAAUGUUGAUAUAAAUCUGAAGAAUAUUGCUCAAUUACCUGAAGACGAUGUACCAGAAUGUAUUAUGUCAACGAUGGAACAGAAGAUAGGCGAUGAAGAAAUUCAAUCUGAAAGAAUUGGAUAUAUUCCUGAUCCAUUAUCUGACCCAAUAGAACGUACUAGUACAGAUAGUAUUCCUAUUACUAACAGUGGUGUUCUCGAUGUCAACGGCUCAUCAGUGUCUUCAGAUGAAAUUACUAAUUAUCUUUUGCACAAAAUUAAAAAUGACGGAACAAAGGAACAGAUGGACACCGAAAAUGUUUAUUUGAUUCCUCAUUCUUCGAAGCCUGUUAACGAAUAUUUUAAUCCAAAACUACUCGCAGGUCUGUAUCCAACCUUAUUCUGUUAUGGACGUGGAGCACCUGAAGAUCAAUCGCGUCCAGUUAAAGUAAAUUUACGAGAACACAUACAUUAUCUGUUAUCGUACAAUGAUCGACGUUUUGAAACGAACCACAGUUUUAUAUUUGUCGUCUUCAAUCUAUUACAACGACAUGAUGCUUGUUUUCAUGCUCAGCUGAUCGCAACAAAACCUUACUUUCGAGCAUCUGCUGAUGAAAUUCAAUCCUUGAAAAGUAAAGAUAUUGAAAUGGCGCUCGAUAACAUUUCCAAAAAAACAUACAGUUCGGAAUCCAACAGUGCAUUAAAUAAAUUAUUGCAUCAUAUUAAAACCAUCGGUGGUCGAGUUAUGGGUUCAGCAUAUUCACGUACGGCAUUACGUACGCGUAUUCAUGCAUUAAUCUAUAAUCAAGGGUUACCAAGCAUUUUUUUAAUUUUAAAUCCAGCUGAUAUUCACAGUCCCGUGGCAUUAUAUUUUGCGGGAGUCAAGUUGGAUUUAGAUAAUAUUCAAUUAGCGCAACUGAUGACUACUUACAAAAGAGCCGAAAUUAUAGCUUCUCAUCCUGUUGCUACCGCAAAAUUUUUUCAUUUAUUAAUUUCAAAUAUCUUAAAUACUAUGAUUAGUGGUGGUGUUCUUGGACCAAUAAAAGCUUAUUUUGGUACUGUUGAAAGUCAAGGACGAGGUUCGCUUCAUUUGCAUCUUCUUAUUUGGCUUGACCAUGAAAUGAAACCAGCUGAUAUGAAAGAGAAGAUUCAAAAUGCUGAUUUUCGUGAAAAGUUAAAGGCAUAUUUAGAAGAUAUUAUCAAAGACGAUUUGGAUGAAUUCAAAGAUAAACAUGUCUUUGAGAAUUUAGACGUGACAAGAUCAUUCGAUACUCCUCCACGAUUAUCACAAGAUAAUA